AUGCGGUUUGUCGUCAUUUCCGAAGAUUUUGUGAAGUCGACAGCAAACGCAGUAACGGUGAAAUUUUUGAUAGCUCAAGAGUUGAAGUUUGGAUUGGAUAACGAUGCGGAAUUGUUCUUAUCGGUUUUGAGUGAACGAUUCCCUCGAUUGGAAGCAUUGUUCUGGGACUGGAACAUGGUCGAUCCCGAAAUUCGAUUCGACGAACGUUCAAAAGCAGUCGCCGAAACACUGGUUCAGUUGUAUAGGAGUUUGGAUUUACGAAUGCUUGCAAUAGUAGCGUAUACGCCUUGUCCAAAGACGUACCUUGCAGCGGAAGCCUUAAUUCAGUACCUUAUUGCUGAGAAAGUGCAAUCAUGUACACUGAAAAGGUUAUCAACAAAGGGCUUGAAAAAUGCGGACGGCAAUUUUGUUCUCAUUCUUGCGGGCUCUGAUGUUGAUAUGAUGAAGCGUGUUGAAGAUGUGGUGUGCGUUGGUCAAAACCCGUCACCGAAUCUGAGGCAUUUCCUCUAUGUGCUUGAUCCAAACUGUGGAACGCAUGAGACGAACGCAACUUUUGAAUUUUUAGGUUUUGAUGAGAAAUUGGUUAGAUCUGAGUUUGCGUCGAAAUAUAAUGAUAGUAGUGAUUGCAGUAGUUGCUGUAAUAGCAAUAAUGAUAACGAUAACGUUUUAUGA